GGAAGCUCCUCCGCGGACUGUGCACAGUUCCUACAGGUGGGGAGCAGAGGGAAAGACACUGGGGGGGCCUGGGAUGGGGAACCCACAGAUCCCCGAGGGCUCCUGGGAGCAGGAAAGGAGCUACAAAUCAGGGUGGGGUGCUUUCCUAGCCUGGACACUCCUCCCAGGUCCUCCUCUGAUUCAGAUACCUCCAGCCCCAGCUGUUCCUCCUCCAGGUACUUCUGUAACCCAGAUGCUCUUCCUGUAGGUGCUCCCCAAUCAGGUGCUGCUCCCCCAGACACUCCUCUGGCCCAGAUGCUCUUCCUCCUCUAGAUCCUUCCCAGCCCCUAGUGAUUCUCAGCCAGAUAUUCUCCUGACCCAGUUGAUUCACAUUUGGCUACUCCUAGAAUACAGCUCACCACCCCCUGGGGCAGAGGUGAAAGGACAAGGAAUGUGCCUGAAGGGCUGAGGGUAGCGGUGGUGGGUGUGGACGCAGGGCUUCUGACUCAGGAGCAGAGGGGCCAGGCUGUGUCUGGAGCUUCCUGUCCUGGGUGGAGCCCAGCACCGUCCUCCAUGCGUGGUCUCCACUUUGCCCAUUAGCUCCCAGCAGUUGCUGUUGCCCAACCUCUGGAGGCCAGGACUGCCUCUGCCCCACCUGCCGUCCUCAGCUUACCAAGCAGGGGAGCAGCCUGGGUCUGGGCCCUGGCAUCAGAGACCUGGGUUCAAGUCCUGGGACUCUGGCUGAGUGAAUUCACCUUUCUGGGCCUCAGAGUCCUCAGCUGGAGAGUGGGGACAACGUUUAUGCCCUCAUUACAAGGUUCUAUAAGCACGUUGCCUGGUGACUGAAUCAUAAGUUGUGCUCAGUAAAUUCCAGCAUUGAGUUAUUUUUCCAGCCGCUUCCGGGUGUUCCCUUACACACAGCCAAUUCCCGUGGCUCGGCUUGUUUUUCUCCUGCGGGCAACUGGUUAUGGUCAAUUGUCCAGUCUCCGGAGUCUGUGCAGCGCCCUCACACAGCUGUGAGUGUGGCCUGGAACAUGCGCCCUGUGGCCAUCCCUGACAUCCAAACGUGUGUGUAUGUUCCAGGACUCUGUGCCCUGGGGCUGCCUGGCGUCUGGGAGUCUCCUUGGAGCCAGGGUUCUUCUGGCAGAGGCUGAGGCUCCCCAGUGUCUUCCGGCCCCUCAAUGAGUGAGGCAAACCGAACCACUGUGGAGCCCUCGGAGCUCACCACAGCAUCGGCCGUAUCCCCUGGACUGGGCAGCGGGGCCCGGGCAUGGCCUGUGCUGGUAGGGGUCGUGCUGGGGGCUGUGGUCCUUUCUCUCCUCAUCGCACUUGCUGCUAAAUGCCACCUCUGCCGCAAAUACCGUGCCAGCUACCAGCACCGCCCGCUGUCUGGGACAGUGAAAGGGGUCCGCCCCGAGGUGGGUGAAGAUGAGGAUGAUGAUGGUUUCAUCGAGGACAAUUACAUUCACCCUGGGGUUGGUGGGCUGGGGACGGAGGGAAGUAGGGACCACUUCUCCCUCUGAGCCCUCAUCUUCGGACCCCCCACCCCUAUGCCCAACAGCUUAAGGACAGCAGAUACUUUGUGGGAACCACAAGCCUCAGGGACUUGGUGGCUAGGGCUUAAGGGCAGAGUAGGGGUAGAUCAAUCCCCCCUUCCUUGACACUAGCCACCAAAGUGAAACACCCCCUCCUGCUCAGUAACCCUCAAUGGCUCCCUCCUGUUCUUGGGAUAAAGCCUACCAAGGCCCUGGCUGUGAAAUCAGGCCUCCGUCAGCCUUUGGCUUCCUUUCCUGCCUUUCCCGACUUUACUCCCUGCUUAACCAAUUAUUUGUUAUUCCUCCCCCACCUACCAUGCUGCUUCUCCAUGGACCUUUGCUCACACUCUUCCCUUGUCUCCCUGCCCUUCUCUUCUCCCAAGUCCUUUAUGACAGUGAUGAGAAUCCCUGGCCAGUAGACCCCAUGUGGGCUGCCUACCUGCCAGCAUUUCACAUGUGCCCAGGUGAUAACGUCUUAGCAGGUGAAAAUCAUUGUGCCAAGUUUCUCAGGGAGAUUUUUUUCCUAUCAAUCAAGUGGUAAUCUAAAUAGUUAUAAUAUAUUAUGUUUUUCACAGAUACUAAUAAAUCUAUUUUCAUUUUAAAUAAAAAUAGGAAGAA